AUGCGUGAGCUUUCUCCAUACAGCCUUUCCACUACGGUCCUUCCUUCAGCCUAUAUGAUGAUGAACAGCAGCAAAUUAGUUGUUAAAGACAGGAAUAAGCCCAAAGGCGCCAUGACAGCUUAUGCUUGCUUUGUUCAAGUUAUCCGUGAGGAGCACAAGAAGAAGCAUCCUGGAGAGCAGAUUGUUUUCAGUGAUUUUUCAAAGAAAUGUGCUGAACGAUGGAAGGUUAUGUCUCCCAAAGAAAAGAAACGUUUUGAGGAUAUGGCCGCUCUUGAUAAAGAGAGAUAUAACAGAGAAAUGAAUGAUUACGUACCCCCUGAUGGAGUGAAGAAGGCCAAAAAACGAAAAGCUGCAAGGGAUCCUAGACAGCCCAAGCGUGCAUGGUCUGCUUUCUUUUUCUUCUGCGAUGAGUUUCGUGCUAAAAUAAAGGAAGAACAUCCUGAGUGGAAAGUUGCUGAUAUCGCCAAAGAGCUCGGACGUCGAUGGGAAGAAUGCCAAGAAAAACCAAAGUAUGAAACGCUUGCUCAACAAGAUAAACAGCGAUACGAAGAAGAUAUGCUGAAAUAUCGCGCUGGCACAUAUGUUCCACCAAAGCAACCCAAGUUUGAAUCAUUGAUGGCCGGCGUCUCCGCAUCAGGUGAUGGUCCCUCAAUUAGCAACAUAUCCAUUGAAAACACUAUUGGUCGGCAAGCUGGCUCUAACGGGACUGGUGUUUGCGAUCCAGAUGAGGAUGAUGAGGGUGAUGAUGAGGUGGAGGGUGACGUUGAAGGAGAUGAGGGAGCUGGUGAUGUCGAUGAUUGC